CAAACACUGUUUUGACAUUUCAUUUGAAACUCACUCUAAUUGUGGGAUCAGUUGUUGUGAUCAUUGUUUUGCAUUAACAUCUGUUGACCGCAUCAAUGGUCUAAUAAUCGACUGACAAAUCUAUAUAUAAUGAUAAACGCCAUGAAUAUCGAGGCACUCGAGGCUGAGGCCCGACAGACGGCUAUUAAACACGUGUCAAAUAUGCUUCAAAGACCGGAUCAGUUGGAAAAAGUGGAUCAAUACAAGCGAAGAGUCAUCCGGAAGAAGACAUCGGUUGAGGGAAUGCUGAAGACAGCGAUGCAGACACAGUUGGAUGGCGUGCGGACCGGACUCAUACAUCUGCAGACAUCACAGCAGGACAUCCAUGAGAUCAAGAAGACGCUGAAGGAAGUGGAGGAGACGUUUCCGGUUGUGCCGAAUCUGGUGGAGAAGUUGAAACUCGUGAGGGAGGAGUCGAUGAAACACUCGCAAUAUGUGGCCGCUAUGGAGAACUUGAAGCAUAUCUUCAAUGUUCCCGAAACGGUGCAGAAGACGAGGGACGCCAUCGCCGAAAGCGAUCUCCUCAUCGCUCACCAGUAUAUGACUGAUUUGGAGAACUCGAGGGACGACCUGUUGUAUGAAUUGCAUCGAUUGCCGGCCACUUCGACGGCCGACAAGAAUAUGUUGAAACACUAUUACUCCGAAGUGGAGAAACUGUCGGAAGAGUUGGGCAAACAGUUAUGGCUUAUUAUCCGAUUGACGCUCAACUCUGUGCGCAAAGAGCCGGCGAUUAUCGUAACGGCGCUCAGAAUUAUUGAACGCGAAGAGAAGGCCGACGCGAUGGCCAUCAAACGCUACGACACCACCGGCUUUAUGCCGACGGGAAGACCCAAACAGUGGCGCAAACGUGUGUUUGAGAUCUUAGAAGAGGCCAUUUCGGAGCGAAUCGCCGGCAAUCAGUUCCACGAAAGGGCACAGAACAAGAUGUGGCUCGUCCUGCAUAUGGAAGUGACUCGUAUACUCUUCAUAGAGGACCUAAAAGUGGUCAAACAGGCGUGCGUUCCCUGCUUUCCGCCCCACUAUAACAUUGUUCAGGAAAUGUUGCACUUAUACCACAAGUGUCUCAGUUCUCACCUCCAAGAGUUGGCCAACGAGUUGGAGGGCAACGAAUACGUGACUCUAUUGAAUUGGGUUCAGUCCUAUGAGGGCCCGGAACUCAUGGGUCACAACGACUUGAAGUUUGACAUCAAAUCGGAAGGACUGCCACCACUACUGCCCAAACCUAUUGUCGAAGAGUUGACGUCUAAAUAUUGCGCAACCGUUGAGAAGAACUACAAGGAAUGGCUGAGCAAUACUAUCGCACGCGAAGUCAAAGACUGGAGCAGUAAUAAUCAGCCCGAAUGUGAUGAGUCCCGACACUAUCAGACAACCACUCCUGUCAUUGUCUUCCAGAUGAUUGAUCAACACUUACAAGUGGCCCGAACUGUCACCAAAACUCUGGUCAAUCGUGUGCUCAUCAUAAGUAUGGAUCACUUGUCGGCGUUCGCCAAACAAUAUAAAGACGCCGUCAAUAAGUACUCUAAGUCUCACUUUGAGAACCGUAAUCAACUUUUUACGCCUAAUAUG